UGAUACCUAAAAUACCUCUCCAGGCAUUGUAAGAUCUGUCAUGCGUCAACAACGUCUAUUGGUGCUUUCAAGACAACUGGGAACUAGGGGGAAAAAACGACAUAAGUGAUCUUUGGAGCUCUAGAAAUGUUCCCGAGUUUCUAACUGGGAAUUUCGAGUUGGAUGACAGUUCAAAACUAUUUUCCCAUUCGGAGUUCGUUUUUUUGCGCACUGUAGUCGGAAAUGUCUGAGUUCUGAGUUGAACGCUACAUACGCAUCGGAAGAAGACCAAAAUCUCCUUGCCUGUGUGCAGCGACCAUUUAGGUAUUUAUUCUAAUGAACAUGCCAUAUUGACCAAUGGUAGCUCAACCUAGAUCCCAAUCGGCCAAUCCGUAGACGACGCUGUGACUCACCAAAUAAGGAGAUACAACUCCAUAAAAGGAAACAUUGUAUCUCUUUAUAAGGAGGAAAGUAGAUCUUAGGUUGUAGUCCGCUCUCGAAUACGUUAUUUCAAAAAUACAUCAGUUUUGUGUGAAAAUGCACGACUGCAAAACUGAUAUUCAAUGAAAUAUCUGCAGCCUUUGUGAAUUGAAGGCGGAUACCGACGACAUUUUACGCGAUUAUGGUGUGAACUACAUGACAUGGCGGAGUAAUAACGAAUGAUCUCUUCGAUUUUCCCUUUUUUUUGAGAAAGUGCUCUGAGUUUUGGAAAUAGAGGUUGGGUGAAACUGAACCUGGCUGAAAGGUCUCAGGGGCAGCAUCACUUUUGAAAGUUUGCUUUAGUGGUUUCAAACAGAUGAACAUUUUGCAAUGUCCGCAAUUUCGUUGUUUGUUUACCUUUUUGGUGGUUGGGUUGUAUGAACUGUGCUGUAAUUUUUACUGACCCGCGCUACAGCAGUCGGCUGACGAUUUCAGGGACCGGGUCCUCUAACUAGAAUGCUACCAAGCCAGGCUGGAUCAGCACAACCUGGAAACGGGUCAGCGUCUUUCAGGGCUAACACACGUCACGGUUCUGGGGUAAUUGGGAUUGGGAUUCGCCCUGUGUUGGUCAGAGCAAGGCAAUCGAAAACUCGGGUCAGCGACAGCAUCAGUGCGGUUGGGAUGUUGGGGGGCAACGGUCCAGGAGUGGGUGCAAGAGGUGGGGCGAGACCAGGGAACGGGACGGGACCGACGAUUCCACUGACCGCUGCUCAGGGAGGCAUCGGUCUGAACAUGGGAAUUGGGGUUCGCGGAGGCAGCCGGUAUGACCCGGACAAAGAGUGUGCGCCAAUGGGGUGCAGUGGGUCGGACGCUGAUUCGGACUCGGGGGAUGAUGACGAUCCGAUGGUUUCAAUCGGGGACAACAGAAGAAGUGUAAAGCGGGAGAGACUGGAGAUGGAGGCUGCGGUGACAGGGCAGGAGGCCGGGAUACCACCGGGGGGUUAUGGUGUGGUCCCCCAAGGUGUUGCUGGCGCAAAGCCAGGGAAGAAGACACGUGGGCGGGUGAAGAUAAAAAUGGAAUUCAUCGACAACAAGUUGAGGCGAUACACAACUUUUAGCAAGAGGAAGACUGGUAUAAUGAAGAAGGCCUAUGAGCUUUCCACGUUGACAGGAACCCAGGUCCUGCUACUGGUGGCCAGCGAGACGGGCCAUGUCUACACGUUCGCCACGCGGAAGCUCCAGCCCAUGAUCACCAGCGAGACGGGCAAGGCCCUCAUCCAGACGUGCCUCAAUUCUCCAGACUCGCCCCCCCGCAACGACCCCUCCACUGACCAGCGUAUGAGCGCCACAGGCUUCGAGGAGACGGACCUUACCUACCAGGUGUCUGAGUCAGAGAGCCUUGGGGAGACCAAGGACCAGCUAAAGCCUGCGUUUACAGUGGCCAACCUCCCGGGCACCACCAGUACCCACGCCCCUACGGCCCCCACCACAUCCACCACCAUGCAGGUUAGCAGCGGGCCCUCCUUCCCCAUCACCAACUACCUGGCACCCAUCUCCGCUAGCAGCAACGUCAAUGGCACAGUCCUCAAGACCACCGGUGCCACCGGAGGGCAGGUCAUGCAGCUGCCCAGCGGCUUUACCUUCAUGUCAGCAGGCACUCCUCUCCCUCCCGGCACCCCCACCAUUCCGCUCAGCCAGCUGCACCAGCACUCCCUGGCCAUCCCGGGACAGCGGGGCCAGAAGCUCACCGCAUCACAACUGACACAGCAGGGCCAGCAGGCCGUCUUCCGAUUCCCCGCUGCAGUCUCCCUAGAGGGAGGGAUGACCCAGCAGCUGCAGGCCAUCCAGGUGCACCCCACCACACACAUCAACGACAGCAGCUCGGAGAUCUCCCAGACCUCGACUGUCUCCACUGCGACCAUUGUCACGUCGUCUGUGCCCACGUCCAUGGCGGGGCACAUGAUGUACACCAGCCCCCACACAGUGAUGUACGCGUCCAGCCCCUCGGCCAUGCAGGUGUCCCACGGACAGGGCCAGGACACAGGUGAGACCACGCUUGACUACAGUAGGCUACGCUGGGACACAGGUGCUGUCCCUCAGGUAUUCCUUACGGCACCCUCAGGCACCAUGCAGAUCCCUGUUUCUGCAGUGCAGCUACACCCAGUACGGCAAGACCUACAUUUUACAAGUGAAACUCUCAUAUUCUCUCUGCAACCAGCAUGCCACUGACCUGCACUAAUGCAUCCGGACAGAGCACUGUGGAGGGAUGGUGAUUGGUCAGCAGUUGAGCAGCAGCAGCAGUAACCUGACAGAGCUGCAGGUGGUCAACCUGGACACCACACAGAACACUAAGAACGACUGACAGACACACUGAGGCCCAGGGAAACUGGCCAGACAUCUCUAUUUAUUGAUGCCUUCCAUCAGCAUUUCAUUUUACAGCUCUGUGUGUUGCAUUUACAUUACAAUUCUGUAAGUAUGCACACGCAUGGAAGGGUAUGUGUGUCGCUAAGCUUUGUAUGUGAGUAGAUGUUUGAAAAUACGUAUGUAUUCAUUCACUAAAGCAUAGAAAGGAAUUGAGAUUCACUAAAUCCUCCUUUUGGAAGACCUUGUCUAUAGUAUAAUUUUUUUUGGGGGGGGGUCUGUAAUUAUUUGUCAAGUGUACAUGAUGCAGGUGCUGCAGCUCCACACGUCAGCCAAAGAGAUGUUUGUGUGUGUAUGUGUGCAAAAGUGGGAUUUAUAAAUGGGAAGGGUAUGGUGGCUUUGAGGUUAUAAAGACAUUUGUAAAUCUACAUUAUUUUUUAAUUGAAUCAAAUUGUAUUUUUUUGCCUGUUUGUGCGAUGGCAUAUAGUUGUUUUGUAUAUGCAAGUAAUUUGCAUAUAGAAUAAAUGAAUUAUUUAUACACUAUGUACACCUGCUCUUUCAUGACAUACACUGACCAGGUGCAAGCUAUGAUCCCUUAUUGAUGUCACUUCAAUGUAGGUGAGGAGACAUGUUAAAGAAGGAUUUUAAGCCUUGAGACAAUUGAUACAUGGAUUGUGUAUGUGUGCCAUUGAGGGUGAAUGGGCAAGACAAAAGAUUUAAGUGUGAACCACAAUGACCCCUUCACACCUUGCCAGUCACAGUGCUGAAGGACUGCGUCUACUGGUGCCUGUAUGGCCAUGUAGGUUACUGAAAGUUAUUUUCGCUAGUCUGGGCAGUUGUUAGCAGGGCACUAGCAAGCUCCUGUGUCGGUUAAGAAUUGGACAUAAUGCCAGGAUAAAACACUGAACUCAAAUGGUUUUCUGCUAUUCUCAUUUAGCUGAAAUAAAAAGGGUAUUUUCUAGGUGUCAGUACUGUAUGAAGGGUUUGUUAGUCUCCUUAUAACCAUACCUGGAUUCAUGUGCUUAAUUAUGCUAGGUGGGUGGGGUUUGCACUUUUAUAUUGGUUCCAUCACAACAGGCAGGCUCAAUCAAGCACAACUUAUGUAUAUGAACCCAGGUCUGCUUAGAACAUGGUUGAUCAAUCAACCAAUAAAUCUAUACAAUGUCAUAUUGCCUCUGAACCAUUUAAACAUGCUAUACUGGCAUUUUCUUAGGAAUUUACAUUUUUCGUUUAACUGUGUUCAUGAAGAAUAGUGAGGUUUAAGGGUACUUAAAAGUUACUGUUAACCCACAAGUUAAAGGAAGCCCUUAUAUCCAUCAAGUGUCACUUCAUAGUAUUUAUUUGGAGAAAUAAUGGUAUUUGACCCACUUUACCAAGGUGGAUUGGGGAUAGUGAGAGCACCAUUUCUUUUCUACCACAGUGCCUCUUUUUCAUAGUUGUGGGUUUAUGUUCAUGAAGGGAAUUGAAACGUCUGUUUAUUCUGCAAACCUACACGCAAGAGCCUUGGACCUUGAGUUUAAUGUACAGUAAAAGCUAUGUAUUUCUUCCAUCCCAGGAAAUUGUUUCACCAGUCAGUGGAAUAUUUUUGUGUAUAUAUGGACUGAGCUGACAAUGUAUUGAGCAAGUUCAUGCAAUGCUUUUAUUUUUUUGGAAUUUGCAAUCAAAGGCCGAGAUUCAAGCCUAUCGUGUUUGUAGGCAAUGUUGCGGAGAUCGCAUUCAAGAUCAGCUGUUCAGAUUUCGACCUCUCAAUUGGAAAUUCUUUAGUGUCAAGCACGUUAUAUUGAGGUUUUGGAUGGAAUCCCGACCAAAGUCUUGUGGGUUAGAAGUUGACACUUCUUGUUAUCUCAGAUCCUUCUAAUGGAUCUCAAAAAAAUAUUUUUACUUUUAAAAGGAGAUUAUGAAUAAAUUGAAGUGCAGUCAUGGUAAAAUAUAAAUGGUUAUUUUGUGCAGUUUUGUUUUCGUACUUUCAAAUCUAAACAUCACCAUAUGUACAAAACUUUUGUAAUAAAAUCAAAUUAAACCUUGAA